ACGCACAGAUGAUGGUCACGGUAUUCUCCUGGCGAUCGGAUAAUUCGUUUAUUUCCGGCCCCCCACCUGAAAGCGCUAAGCGGGUAAGUACGAAACACAUCGAUGUACGGAUGUGGGAUCAACUGUAUGAAUUGCACGUGCCUCAAUACGUACCUGAUGAAAUCCAUCACCUUGUCACGGAUAUUUUGAAGGAAUACAAAGGAGCGAUUAGUGUGACGGACACAGACAUCGGACGGAUCCGGGAGUUCGAAGCCAAUGGGUGGAUCGAACCUGGUACUGGGCCGUGGUCAUUUCCAGUAGUUCUAGUGCCAAAAAAGAACGGGUCGAUUCGCAUAUGCAUCGAUUAUCACAAAUUGAAUGAUAUCACUAUCAAAGAUGUGUAUCCCCUUCCCAGGAUUGAUGAUCUGCUUGAUGCGAUUGGGUGUGCCAAUUAUUUCAGUAAAUUUGAUAUUCACCACGGUUUUCAUCAUAUCCUGGUUAAGGAGGAAAAUCGACCGCAAACGGCCUUCGUACUAUUUGAGGGCACGUGGCAGUGGUUUCGGUGUCUGGUGGGGAUUUGCAACGCGCCUGCCACGUUUCAGCAGGCUAUGAAUGUGACAUUCCAGAACUUCGUCAACAAGACGCAGCUAAUUGAGGGAAUGAUUAACUUCUGCGUCAUCGUGUAUAUGAACGACAUCCUGGUCUACUCGGAAACCUAUCACGGGCAUGCACAGCAUAUCGAGUGGACGCUAGGAGCUCUGAGAGAUGCUGGGUUCAAAGUCGCGCUCGAAAAAAACGAGUUUUUCCUCUCAGAAAUCUCGUUCUUGGGUUACGUGGUGACACGUGGAGGACUGCGGCCGGAUUCGAGGAAAGUCGCCGUGGUGAAAGAUGCUCUUAUUCCCACGUCAUUGACGCAGAUCUGCUCCAACUCGCGCAUCAGCACCACAGGGGUGUACGAGGUGACGGAGUUCCGAUUCACGGGCCACCGUCAAGCGAUCGUGUUGGCAGAGGCGUCGGUUGUUCGACGGCAGUCAGCACCGGGAGUUAGCCACGUGUCUACAGUCGUCAUCUUCAACGGCGAUAUUAGCAUGAUCAACCCUCUACGACACACGGCCAUCCGGACGUCGCUAAGGGAGUGGGGCCAGCAGCUGGCAACGGAGUGGAAUCAGUGGCUUACGCGCCGCGGCGACAAUCUUAUCCCCAGGACGGCAUCGACGUCGGAGGGCUCCGAAUGUCUCGGCACGAGUCGGCGGUGCCAUCGACAGCUGAUCGUGUGGGAACUCACAAUCCCCCUCCCGCAACCGGUUGAUGAUCUUUCCUUCGACAUCAUCUCGCAGUGCGACGAAAGUCCGGUCUCGUACGUCCUUUCGCGAACGCUGACGCCCUAUCUGUUGUGGUUGGCUUGCCUUGAAGAGCAAGGAGGGAACAACAACCCGCCAUCGCAAGCCGAGUACCUGAACCCGCGAAGGAUAAUCCACAUCUCCUUCUUCCAGCCUCACACGACCUCCGAAGAUGAAGUACUAGCGCUGGAGGAGGAAGAAGAAGAAAACGAAGAGAACGACGAGGAAGAAGAAAAAGAAACCCCAGAAGAAGGGAGUUACAACGAGCAUAGUGAGGAAGAGCAGAGCGGAGAAGAAGAAGAAGAAGAGGACAAGGAGCAAGAGGAGUCUGAGUGGGAAAAUUUGGGCGAGGAGGCGAGCCACACAGAGAUCCAGGAGGAAGAUCCAGAGGAGACGGCGCGGCGCAGAGGAGAGAUCGCGGCCGGUAAGCAGCCGCUAGAGUAUGCAAGUGGAACGGAUAUGCCAACCUCAGACGAUCCGACCAAGGAUCCGAAGCCACCCAAGCCGGAGGAUGGGGACCUUGCUGCCGAGACUUCGAGCGCACCGGCCCGACGGAGACGAAGCCGAUCCCCCUCCCCCUCCACCUCCGCCCGUCCACCAGUUCGAGCUCGUACCGAUGCAGGGCAUCGCGCUUCGUCCCCGGUCCUUAUCCCGUUGUCCCCUUGACCACCUCACCCUCCGCCAGAUCACCACCCACGUCACCUUCCCCUGCAAUCCCUUUCCAAUUGACACCUUCCGCUUUUUCUA